UAUUCAAGACGUCCGUUAGGACGUUGUUGCCUUUCUCGUGUGCACCCCUGAGCGUGGGCGUCCCCGUGGGGGUGUGCGCAGGGGUUUCCAGAUCCGGCACCAGCCCCUUCCAUCUGGGGUUCGGUUUAGGGUCGCCCCCGGUGGGCGGCUCUGGAAUCUUGAGGAAGAGCUUGAGAACCCGGAUCCCCCCAGGGCUGCGGAGGUCCUUUGGGAAGGCAGGAAGAUGGCGGCAGCAUCGGUGUCUGCGACUUCUGGUUCUCAGUUCUCGAACAUCUUAGCUGAACCAUCAAGGUCUAAUGGAAGUGUGGUUCGCCAUUCCUCAUCUCCAUAUGUAGUAUAUCCGCCUGAUAAGCCUUUCCUUAAUAGUGAUCUACGACGCUCCCCAAAUAAGCCUACGUUUGCCUAUCCAGAAAGUAACAGCAGAGCCAUAUUUUCUGCUCUGAAGAAUCUUCAAGAUAAGAUACGACGCUUAGAACUGGAAAGGAUUCAGGCAGAAGAAAGUGUGAAAACCUUGUCUAGAGAAACAAUUGAAUAUAAGAAAGUAUUGGAUGAACAAAUUCAAGAAAGAGAGAAUUCAAAGAAUGAAGAGUCAAAGCAUAAUCAAGAACUGACAUCUCAGUUAUUAGCUGCAGAAAAUAAAUGUAAUCUUUUAGAAAAACAGUUGGAAUACAUGCGCAAUAUGAUAAAGCAUGCAGAAAUGGAGAGGACAUCUGUCUUAGAAAAACAGGUUUCCCUUGAAAGAGAACGACAACAUGAUCAGACACAUGUGCAGAGCCAGCUUGAAAAGUUGGAUCUUCUUGAACAGGAAUAUAACAAACUUACCACAAUGCAGGCCCUGGCAGAAAAAAAAAUGCAAGAAUUGGAAACAAAACUCCGUGAAGAAGAACAGGAACGGAAACGUAUGCAAGCUAAGGCAGCCCAGUUGCAGACUGGUCUAGAAACAAAUAGAAUUAUCUUUGAAGAUAAAGCAGCUCCAUGUGUUCCCAGUGCAAGGAGAGUUAAAAAAAAGAAGGCAAAACCACCAGAAAAGGUUCUAAGAACUAUUUUACUGCACAACCACAUUAUAGAUUAUGCUUGGGGGAUAUGCCUUUUGUAGCUGGAAAGUCCACCAGUCCUAGCCAUGCUGUGGUAGCCAACGUUCAGCAUGUCUUGCAUCUAAUGAAGCAACACAGUAAAGCCCUCUGCAAUGAUC